GCUGUUUAAACAGUUAUCAUUAUUAUUGGUGUUUAUUAUUAGCGCGUGGAUAAAUUGUCGUCAAUUGUUUUACCAUAUCGCUGAGUGUUCUGUAUUUUCGAAUAUUUUUCGAUUAGUGCUACCGUGUUCAGAAAUACAACUCCUUCUUGAGAACCACCGUUUUUCUGAUUAAAAACAAGCACCGUCAGGGUAAAAUGAGUCGACUGUUCAGUACUAGUUCGGUUCUCGGCGCGAGUGCAAGCAAAAUGGCGAGCAACUUUCGGAAAGUGACCCAUUGCAUCUUCGACAUGGAUGGUUUACUGCUGGACACCGAGAUGCUGUACACGGAGGUAACGCAAUCCAUAGCCGAUCCGUACGGAAAGAUCUACACGUGGGAAAUCAAACAAUCGGUGAUGGGGCUGCAACGGGAACCGGCGGCCAUUGCGAUCGUCGAAGCCCUCGAGCUGCCCAUUACUCCCGAGGAGUACAUUGAGAUUUCCACCGCAAAAAUCAACGAGUUGAUGCCCCACUGCGCAAUGAUGCCAGGUGCCGAACGUCUAAUCCGCCAUCUGCAUCAGAACAACGUUCCGAUCGCGUUGGCCACCAGUUCCAGUGCCGAUUCCUAUGCGGUUAAAACUCAGAACCACCAAGAACUGUUCGAUCUGUUUCACCACAAGGUGACGGGAUCGUCGGAUCCUGAAGUGAAAGAAGGAAAACCUGCCCCGGACAUUUUCCUGGUAGCCGCCUCCAGAUUCCCGAGCAAGCCCAAACCAGAAGAGUGCCUUGUCUUUGAGGAUGCCCCUAACGGCGUGACGGCAGGUGUUUCCGCCGGUAUGCAAGUGGUGAUGGUUCCCGAUCCAAAAAUAACGGAAGAUCAGCGAAAACAUGCGACUUUGGUGCUAAACUCGUUAGAAGAGUUCCAACCGGAACAGUUUGGACUGCCUGCCUUCAAAUAGGACUCUGUUAUCGAAAAUCGAAAUGAUAAUGAUAACGAUAGGAUUACUAGACCAAUCGAUACACUAUGUCCAGCUUGACACGAAGCGAUGUUCUGUCCGUUGCUUAGAGCAGAUUAACUGUCGUUUCUUAUUGUACAAAUGUUUGUGAGAAGAUAGUUUUAAAUAUAUUUUAACGUAAAUCGUC